AUGCCGUUACCGAGUAUCCAUCUUGCACUCAAUCUUCAUCAAACAGGUCAGCGCUAUCAGCCAUCAAAGCGCCACAGCAAAGAAUCGAGGUGGAAACCCGCUCGCAAUGUGCUCAUUACUGCUCAAUCAAGCUUGUUCCCAGCUGCCAAGAUGAGAUUUACAUUAGCAGCCCUCGUGCUCCCAAUUGCGGUCAAUGCUGCUCAUUACUCAUCCUCCGAGUAUGCAUCCGGUCAAGUUCAUCAAAAGUUGAUGAAGUUGAAAACUGAUCAAUGGGAGCAUGACGCAGCAGAAGGAAGACAAGAUUCUCGCCAAUGGCAGUCUUGGAAGAAUGCAAACAAGGGUGUUUGGAAAGGAGGAAAGGAUAAUCGCAUCAAGUGCAAAGAUGGCCUUGCUAUUGCGGAGGCGGGUAACGCGAACCAGACGUUCCGCUGCAACAACAUGGACUUAUACGACUUCGUGAACCAUGCGGACAUGGGUGGCCCAGAGGGACAGGGCUCUUCCUCAUGGGGAUGGACUGCUCGGAAUGGUCGUGAAUUUGGUAUCGUCGGCCAGUUCAGCGGCGCUGCCUUUGUUGAGAUCCUCAAGGAUGGUCAGAUUCAGUACAUGGGUCGUCUACCUGCCCAAAGUGUUGGCUCAAGAUGGCGCGAGAUCCGUGUCUUGAAUGACUAUGUCAUCAUUGGAUCUGAAGCUGUUGGCCAUAACGUUCAAAUCUUUGACAUGAAGAAGGUUUUGACUGUAGACCCGAAGAGUCCUAAGACCUUCAACCCCAAGACGGACCUCGUAGGUCUCUGGGAUCAACUUCCAAUUGGUCGUACUCACAACGUCGUUGUCGAUUGGGACACUGAAUCCAUUUUGGCCGUAGGCGCCCAGCCUCGUAACCAGACUUGCAAGGCUGGUCUUCAGUACAUUGAUCUGAAGAAUCCCUCCAAGCCUACAUCCCCAGGCUGUGCUAGCCAGGACGGCUACGUACAUGAUGCCCAAUGCGUCAUCUACAACGGCCCAGACCGAAGAUACCGUGGUCGCAACAUCUGCAUCGGCUACAAUGAAGACACGGUUACGGUCUACGACUCCACCAAGAAGGAUGGAAACCCAGCUUCCGAAGUGUUGUCUCGCCUUUCCUACCCCGGAGCGACCUACUGUCAUCAGGGUUGGUGGCUCGAGCGUAACUGGCACCAGUACGUCCUUCUGAACGAUGAGCUUGACGAGCAGGAGGCAGUUGGACCUGCCGCCUCUGGACGCCCCGUCACUCACAUCAUUGAUUUCACCGAUCUCCGCAACCCCAAGGCUACCGGAACCUUUUUCGCAACUGACCACAAGGCUAUUGACCAUAACCUUUACAUCGUCGAUGGACUGGCUUACCAAAGCAACUAUGGUGCAGGUAUCUGGGUCCAUGAUGUCCAUUCCGUCAGCAAGGACCCCUCCGGGAAGUCAGUCAAGGUGGAGGGUUUCUUCGACAUCUACCCUGAGGAUGACUCUGUUGGCGGAAUCGUGCAGUUUGUCGGCACAUGGUCUCAUUUCCUCUUUCCUUCAGGCUAUAUCCUGGUGAACACCAUCGAGCGUGGUGCAUUCACCAUAAAGCUUGCCAAGGGUCGCGGUGCAGGCAGAGGACCUGGCUUUGGAGGGAAGUCGAAGGGCCAGGGCAGAUAG